UACUGCUACCAUGGUGAAUUUCAUUAGGGACUUCUUGGGAAACAAUUCAAGUAGCUAUUCCUCCUCUUUUUUCCCCUUGUGGUAAAAUCAGCUGAAGGAUGCACCAGCUGCACCACCACCCCCCCCGGCAAGAAACAAAGUUCUGUCUGUUAGAGUUAGUGCUGUGGCUGGCUGAGGAGCUUUUUGAACAAAGGGAGUGGGGUCUUCGUCCCAAAAUACACACAUAUUUCAAUAACUAUAAACAAAAGGCAAGGGGCAACUCUUCCCUAAGGAAGGUUCUUCCUAUCCUCUGACCUGCAGUGAAACUUGAAGAAGUAGAUGAGGAGAGGCACACAAAAUUGUGUAUAUUUGCAUGUGUGUGUCAGUCAGUCAAUCAACCAGAGGAGGAGGAUUUUUUAAAAGUCCAAUUCAAACGAAGAGUCGCCGCUAGGGGCUGAAUUGCACAGAAUAAGCCGCCUAGUCUGGGGGCGGCGGAUGGACAGAAAGGAAGCAACCCUCCCUUGGCUGAGAGGAACAAUCGGAUGGUUAUUUUUGCAACGCCGUGGAGAAUAUUUUGCCGGCCUGUGGCUGGAUGAUUUUGUUUAAAGUACAGCUUGCGCUGUGGUAGAGGGAUUCGGCAUUUCGUGUUUAGGGACAGGACGGAGGCGUACACUGCAAACGCUACUCCGGAGUCUCCUGGGGGGUGCACAGAGCAAGCUCGCUGCCCGGCGGAGAGAGCGGAGGGAACGUCAUCUUUUCCUCGGACGGCAGUCUUUGAGCAACACCACCACCGAGGAAAACUCGGCCAUGACAGCAUCCAUAGAACCUCGAGGUUACAUGGAAGACCUCAAACAUUCCAUUGUGAUGCCUGAAAGUCCUACUAGCCAAAAUCCUGCUUUGUUGCAGACAGAUCCUUCCAGUCAGCUACCUUUUGCAACUUCACACACAGUGUCGAGUAAUAGCCAUGUCCUGAGAGGAGACAGUCCUCCUGCAGCUGAACACGUUUGGCAGCAAAAUAGUUCUACGUCCUCCUCGAUGCCACAGUUUUUGGGAAUGAGCAGCAGCAAGCCUAUAGGAAGUUAUUUCACUUCCCUGGAGUUUUCUGCUCCUGUUCACGAUGGCUCACACUUGUCUCACUUCCAGACCAAGAGACUCCAAACUGGGUCAUUUAACAGCCAGGGGAAUUCCUCAGCAGGGCAGCAGCAGGAACCUGGGGCUAAUACCAACAUCCCAGCUUUCCUCAAUUACAGCGGGAUCAGUGGCAGCAGCUGCCAGCCACUGGGAGAGAAACAUCCUGCUUUUGCAUCAAAUGUUAAUGGGUCUCCCCAAACUAUGAAAUCACUGGUAGACCGUGGCAUUUUGUCACAUGGAUUUUCUGCAGCUGCUUCUGGACACAACAUCCAAAACAGUCAAAAUCAACUAAACCAUGGAAUGAAAAUACACCCUCAGCCCCUUCUCCCAGAGAAGAAGAGGACAUCCGAGGGAGACUGUUCUUUUAGCUCCAUCUCACCUUCUUCAAGCGGCUUCUGCAGCCCACAUAGUGGAAGCACUAUCAGCAUUCCAUUUCCUAAUAUUCUCCCAGAUUUCUCUAAAGUUUUAAACACUUCACCAUUGCCAGAAAAUACAGUUGACAAGCAUGUGACUGUAAAGUUUGUCCAAGACACUUCAAAGUUCUGGUAUAAACCGGAGAUUUCAAGAGAGCAAGCCAUUGCUAUCCUGAAGCACCAAGAACCUGGAUCAUUCAUUGUCCGUGAUAGUCACUCUUUCAAGGGAGCCUAUGGCCUGGCCAUGAAAGUUGCUAUACCUCCUCCUUCAGUGUUGCAUCUGAACAAGAAAGUUGAAGAUCUGUCCAAUGAACUUGUCAGGCAUUUUCUGAUUGAGUGCACCCAUAAGGGAGUGAGGUUGAAAGGAUGCCCCAAUGAACCAUAUUUUGGGAGUUUGACAGCUUUGGUGUAUCAACAUUCCAUUACUCCUCUGGCACUGCCCUGCAAGCUACUCAUCCCAGACCAAGACCCACUGGAAGAGAUGAUUGAAACAACCCCACAGACUGCCACAAACUCUGCUGCAGAGCUUCUGAAGCAAGGGGCAGCAUGCAAUGUUUGGUACCUGAAUUCUAUUGAAAUGGAGUCCCUCACAGGUUUUCAGGCAGUGCAAAAGGCCAUGAGUUUAACACUGGCUCAAGAGUCUCCUCCCAUAUGCACUGUGGUCCAUUUCAAAGUUUCUGCACAGGGCAUCACAAUGACAGACAAUCAGAGAAAACUCUUCUUUAGAAGGCAUUAUCCAGUCAACACUGUCAUUUUCUGUGCUUUGGAUCCACAGGACAGGAAAUGGAUGAAAGAUGGUCUUUCAGCAAAGGUGUUUGGUUUUGUUGCAAGGAAGCAAGGCAGUGCCACUGAUAAUGUGUGCCACUUGUUUGCAGAGCAUGAUCCAGAGCAACCUGCCAGUGCUAUUGUAAACUUUGUAUCAAAGGUCAUGAUAGGUUCCCAGAAGAAGAAGUGAAAGCUUCCAACAUGAACUUACAGGAUGGAGGUGGUGGCAAAGCAUUUUCUGCACAGUCUACAUCUAGCUGUUUCCCAGGAGGACAUUCCACCUGCAUAGAAAUAUUAGGAGUGCCAUCCAUACUUCAAUAAUAUCAUCUCACCAUGUGACAAAGAACUGCAGUGUUAAGUGAAGAAGGAAGCUGGAAAUCGGCAAGAUCCCUAGAGCCCAUUUCUGAACAAACUUUGGAAGAAAUACUUAAAGCAAGGGAGCUGAAGGUUGAAACACAUUUUUCAUAUACUGCUUUCUGAUUUUUUAGCCACAUUGGGAUAGAAUGGAGGGUAGGAAACAGCACUUCACCCAUUUAAUCAGACACAUUACAUUGCUUUUAUCUGGAGUCCUAGCUCAGGCCAGAGCUACAUAUGAGGAAAUCACAAAGAGGGGGAGAACAGUCUCUGGAUGCAUUUAUUGGGAAGAAUUGGUAGGCACAGGAUGGGUUUUAAUUGCAGGUUCUUCUUUAUAAUUAGUAUUGCAUUACUAUUAUCUCAGAAAACUCUGUUUUGGGAACAAAUCUACUGAUCUAACAUAUAUUUCCACCCUUACACAUUUGCUGUACUUGCACUGAUGGUAGCCAUGGCCUAAGUGAACAGACCAGGACUGCUUGUUCUUCAUUUUAUAUAACAGUGAUGGUAAUAAAACUUAAAAUGGAAAUAUGUAUGUUCAGAGGAAAUUGGUACAAGAUUAUUUGGUCUGGUGCAGAGAGAGAGAGGUUUCUGGAGAUUUACUUUGUGAACAGGAGUAAGGAUACUUUUAACUAGUGUGAAGGUAAAUGGGGGAGAAAAAUGUGAUGCAGUGAAAGUUUGGUAUGCUAUUUUUUAUGUUACUUCAUAUAUGAAGAAUUAAGCAAGUGCAGUAAUGCUCUUUUGAUGGUUGCAGGACACAAAUGAGGGGAAAGCACACAAGUGAACAACUUUGAACAACAUAAUAUAUGCUUUUGUCAGAUUGUUUAUAGCAGGGUUGGGUAACCUUUGCACUUCCAGAUGUUGCUGGACUCCCAGCCAGGCCCGCCCUUAGCAUGUGCGGGGCCCAGGGCAAAAGCAUAGUUGCCCCCACCCCCACAUUCUUUCUCUCUCUGUAUAUGUAUUUAUACACGAAUAUACAAAAAUUGAUUGGGGAGGUAGGAUUUUUAAACUGUGGAUCGUUAAGUGGGGUGAGAAUUUAGCUGCAUGUGACUGGGUAGGUUCAAUUUACUUAAUGGAAAGUAAAACUCUCCGGUCGCCUGGGCCCAGCAUCUCCAAGUCUCCAAGCCACGCCCCUGGACCCUCUUCACCUCAACUUGUGUUGAUACAACCACUGUAGCGUUGAAAAUCGCUGCGGUAAGCCGUCAAGCGCUCCCUGCACUGGUCGCCAGUUUCUGAGACUAUAUAUGCAGAUCGCCAAGUGUGGACCCCCCAAAGCGCAGGGCCCGGGGCAACUGCCCUGCUUCCCUAUGCCUAGGGGUGGCUCUGCUCCCAACUCCCAUGAGUCCCAGCCAGCAUGGCCAACGUUCAGAGAUGAUGAGGGUUGUAGUACAACAUCUAGAGAGCACAUGUUUCCCCACCCCUGUAAUGUAAAACAUUAAAUGUUCUGUAAAUGUUCUGAUCCUGGACAUACUGUUGAGCUCUAGAACACUUUGAGGGCACCAUUCAUUUUGAUAGGAUUUAUGCAGAAGGCCCAUUAAAGCCCUGAAAUGAAUGGGGAUUCUGGUGCAGCACCACUUGGACAAAUGAUUUUUAUGUAUAUUGUAUUCCAUCAGCAUGUAGACAAACUUGCUUGAGCCUUGCUGUAGGAAGUAGAGUUUCAUAUUUUGGCUUUAACAGCAGCCUUUACGUUUACAGUGAAAUACUUUCAUAUCAUUUUCUAUUUUUUAAGAUGCAUCUACAUUAUAGUUUUAUUAUGAAAUUCAAUUUGUAUGGAUGGUUUUUAAAGCUGAUUUUUAUUUUCAAUAUCUGGAAUAAAUAAAAAAUUGGAAAGGGGAAAAUUAUAUUUUUGGCCUACUUACCCAUAUUUUCAAAAUGAUCGUGCUCUGAUUUGACAAUUUGUGCAUCGUUAUGUUUAAUUUUAUGCUUAUGGAGGCUUUUUGAUGUUGGUUUAUAGUUGGUUUUUAUAACAUUUGUUGUAUGUCACAAUUUCUUGUGAUUCCUUCACACACAAACCCAAUGGGAUUUGGGAUCCCAUGCCACUGUGUGAAUCUUCAACCAUGUAAGUGGUGCCAAUUGUGUAGCUCUUUACCACUGAACAAAGAAGGUAAUUGAGUCCGAAUAGAAUGGUGAUUGAAACAUUAUAGCAAUAUUCCCUGGCACUAAAGGAACUGGGCUUAAACCUCAAACCAGAUAUGUCCAAAUCACACAACUGAAUAUGCAGGUUGCAAGGAAACAUCAGUACAUCAAAGGGCUUGAUGAGGCUCUUGUGGUUGAUGUAUAUGUGAUUUUAUAAAGCACAGGGUUGGUGUGAUACUUAAUUGAGUGCAUUGAAAUAUUACCUAUCAGAAUGUGUUGAGACUGGAUAAACGAAGAUGCUGGGAUUCCACAAAGAGUAUGAUUGUUUGCUUUCCCCAUUCCUCCACUAAAUUCAGAAUUUCAUGAAUUGCAGAUAGAAACAAUGUCAAUGUAACCUUAAAAUUGUUUGUAAUUACUUUCUUUGGCUUGGUGGUUGUGCGAUAUACCAGGGGUGUAUUCCAUAUAAUACCAGGGGUGGUUAACCUAUGGCAGUCCAGACUACAGCUCCCAUCAGCAUAGCAAGUAUGGCUAGUGGUUACAGAUCACAGUAUGAACCAAAAUCAUAUAAUUAAACCCUUGAUGACACACACAGCACAUAUGUAGCAUAAUAUGCACAAAACACAUUCAGAUGACUGGUGUGGAAAUUAGAGAUCUAAUAAGCUCUGGGUGUCUUCCACCAGGCAUGGAUGCUGCACAGCCUCUCACUUACUUCAGUGGGGCUUGUGCCAGAACUGCAGAGGGCAAUGCCCUCUGGAUUGCAUCAGAGGUUUUUAUAGUAAAAUGGCUCCUAUUUAGUCAAUAGUCAUUUUAGGCCAUAUAUGUUAGUGGGUUGUGUUUUUCAUUUUUACUUUUCUCACUAUGUUUAUAAAAAGUAUCCAGUAUGUAAAUAAAUGUUCUAUAAAUUCUUUGUAUAGAUUUUGUCUGAUCUUUGAAA